CUGUGACUCACGCCUGCGUGGAGAGACCAAUGGGCAGCCGGAGAUAUAAAUAACGAAUAAAAAAAAAAUAUUCUUAAGGGAGAAAAAAGGGGUCACUUGCGCGAGGCUGGAUGGGAUUUUAUUAGUGCUGUUCCGCCCUCGCCUGAACUGGACUGUGUCUUUUUCGAACCUUUAGUUGGCGAAUAACAUCCUAUAGUUCCGGUUCCAUUGGACUCGACAACCUGUGAGCCGCUGAAUUCUUUUUCCCCCCAUCUGGAGAUAAGACAACACAGGAGUGAUGGCCACGUCUGAGCCGAGAGCCACCGGCGGGGACCAGGACCCCAACUCCGCCAAUUUAAGACUUCCGUCCGCAACUUACGAAUAUGCGUGGAUGCACGGAUGCACACGGAAACUGGGGAUGAAGAUUUGUGGUUUCCUGCAGAAGAACAACAGCAUGGAGGAGAAGGGGAGACUCUCCGGGCAGAAGAACUUGCUCUCGUGCGACAACAGUGACAGGGACGCACGCUUCAGUCGCACUGAGACCGACUUCUCCAACCUGUUCGCCAGAGACUUGCUGCCGGCCAAAAAUGGAGAAGAACCUACUAUUCAGUUCCUGCUGGAGGUGGUCGACAUCCUCACCAACUACGUCAAGAAGACUUUCGAUCGCUCCACCAAGGUGCUAGACUUCCACCACCCUCACCAGCUCCUGGAAGGCAUGGAGGGCUUCAACCUGGAGCUGUCCGACCAGCCAGAGUCCCUGGAGCAGAUCCUGGUGGACUGCAGGGACUCGCUCAAAUAUGGCGUCCGGACAGGUCACCCACGCUUUUUCAACCAGUUGUCCUCUGGUCUGGACAUCAUCGGUCUGGCUGGAGAGUGGCUCACCUCCACUGCCAACACCAACAUGUUCACCUACGAGAUCGCCCCAGUGUUUGUCUUGAUGGAGCAGCUGACUUUGAAGAAAAUGAGAGAGAUGAUUGGUUGGCCCAGUGGAGAGGGAGACGGACUCUUUUCACCAGGGGGUGCAAUCUCCAAUAUGUACAGUGUGAUGAUCGCACGUUACAAGUAUUUCCCAGAGAUCAAGACCAAAGGCAUGUCUGCUGCUCCCCGCCUCGUCCUCUUCACAUCUGAACAUAGCCACUACUCCAUAAAGAAGGCAGGGGCUGCUCUGGGCUUUGGUUCGGAGAACGUGAUCCUGCUGAGCACAGAUGAGAGGGGGAGAGUCAUUCCUUCUGAUCUGGAGGCCAAGAUCAUUGAUGCUAAACAGAAGGGUUGCGUGCCACUGUUUGUGAACGCCACGGGUGGUUCAACUGUGUACGGCGCAUUUGACCCCAUUAAUGAAAUUGCUGACAUCUGUGAGAAGUACAACCUGUGGCUGCACGUGGACGGUGCAUGGGGUGGUGGACUACUGAUGUCCAGGAAGCACCGCCAUAAGCUCAGUGGAAUUGAGAGGGCCAACUCUGUCACAUGGAACCCUCACAAGAUGAUGGGCGUGCCUCUACAGUGCUCUGCCAUUCUGGUCAGAGAGAAGGGAAUCCUGGCGGGCUGUAACUCCAUGUGUGCCGGCUACUUGUUCCAACCGGACAAACAGUACGACGUCACAUACGACACGGGAGACAAAGCCAUCCAGUGUGGGCGACACGUCGACAUCUUUAAGUUCUGGCUCAUGUGGAAGGCCAAGGGCACCGUUGGGUUUGAGCAGCACAUCGACAAGUGUCUCGACCUUUCUCAGUACCUGUACAACAAGAUCAAGAACAGGGAGGGAUACCAGAUGGUGUUUGAUGGAGUGCCCCAGCACACCAAUGUUUGUUUCUGGUACUUACCACCCAGCCUGAGAGGCAUGCCGGACGGUGAUGAGAGGCGGGAAAAACUACACAGGGUGGCACCAAAAAUAAAGGCCAUGAUGAUGGAGUCGGGCACCACCAUGGUGGGCUACCAGCCUCAGGGCAAUAAAGUCAACUUCUUCCGCAUGGUGGUCUCCAACGCUGCAGUGACCCAGUCUGACAUCGACUUCCUCAUUGAUGAGAUUGAGAGGCUCGGUCAAGACCUGUAGACCUCAGCCUCCAUCGUCACCUGCUGAUAUUUUACCGCUUACAUUUCCAGUGUGAAAUGUCAGAGAGGCUAGGAUGCGUUUUAUGGUUCUUUCUAUUUGGGUCCAGCUUUGCCUGCAGCAUCAUGGCUGUUUCUCCAACUGAAGAGAGAGCGAUAAAAGCAAUGAGAGAGACCAAGUUUCUGCCCUAUAUAUUUCCUUCUUUAUUGAAAAUAAUAUAAAUGGUAUCUGAAAGCUCCAGGUACAACAAAUAUACCCUAAUGUAUAUAUAUGUGUGUGUGUGUGUGUGUGUGUGUGUGUGUUCUCAUGCCUGUGUGUGUUUUCUUCAGUGUGUGUGAAUGUGUUUAACAAAUGAAAGGUAGAAAAGCACAGAUAAAAAUAUUACACUAUCAUAAACCAUUCUUUGCUAGACACAGUUGAAUCAUUGGUGAUUUCAGCUGUAAUUAUAGUACAUAUAUAUGUAUAUAUAUAUAUAUAUAUAUAUAUAUAUAUAUAAGUUUAAUCAUAGUCCUCAUAGACCUUCUUGUCCAAAACAGGUGUGAGUCCCAGACACAGUGUAUGUGCAGGUGUGCAUGUGGCCCACUGAGUGUAUCCUGUUCAUAUAAUUUAGGUUAACACUGUUAAAAAUAAGCUAUUGUGCUCACCAUAGGCACCAGGUGUGUUAAACCGAGAGUUUUCAGGUAACGUGCAACACCUGCUCGUCGGCGUGCAAUAUUUGAUUACGUAGAAGUUUGAGAUUUUAAGUGUCCACGGGUUUGUGGCAACAUUUUCGUUGUAAAACGCUGGCUCGUUCUCUGUUUCAUGCAAUCAUGUGAUGCCCAUUAUGUGUUAAUAAUAAUAAUAAUAAUAAUAAUAAGAUUGUUGAGAAUAUUAAUAUUUGAUUAGAAGAAGAACAAAUAUGUAUUUGCAGAUUCAGGUAUUUUUUUGUAAAUGUAUCUUUAUGCGUAUUACAUGGUAAUACAUUUGUAAAUGUUAAUCAUGGGAGGAUUUUGUCAGCCAAAGAAAGAAUCGGGGACAGAGCAAUCCAUCAUACCUUCAUUUAUAACUUCGUACAGAUAAUAGAUGUUUGUAAAACGUUAACUAUUGACCCUCGACUGCGAUGCAAUUUCUAUCGUGUGUGUUUUUUUCUGUGAUUGUCAGCCGUUCUGACUGAAUGUUUUGAGAUGAUUGACUGGAUUUCAGAGGAGAUCGAAAAUGAAGUCUAUAAUGAUCCUCUGGCAGUCAUAUGUUGGGCUUUUGUUUUAGAGAGAAGCACAAGGAUGAGAAUGUACUGUCCACUUGAGAUUGGAAAGAAAAGAUUGUUGUUUCUGUGUAUAACCUAAUACAUUUAGUGUAAUAUAGUAUAUUUAUUGUAAUCUGUGUUACCUGUAUUCUCAGUGUUAUGGGAACUCAGUGGAAUAUCUUGUAUAAAGAGUUCCCGUUAAAAGUCUUUGCACAAUGUUCACCUUUCUUUCUUUCAUCCAUUGUAAAUGGAUGUGUACUAUUGCAGUGUUAUAUAAAAGUGAAAUGAACAAAAAUAUUUAUGGUAUCUUGGGACCAUAUGUGUAAAUGGCACAAUUGCAUAAAUCAUAAUUACAUAUAAAUUAUAAGGUCAUGUGUGUACUGUUUGUGGCCAGUGACUCCUGUUCAUGACUGAUCCCAGCUGUACGGGAACAUGACAGGAGGUUUUGAAUAGGCACUUUAACAGAAUCAUAUACCAAGUCAAAAAAAAUAAUAAUAUAUUUAAUAAAGUCUAUUAAAAGGAAAA